AGCAGUUCUUAGGUUUUGGCUCAGAUGAAGAAGUCAGAGUGCGAAGUCCCACAAGGUCUCCUUCAGUUAAAACUAGUCCUCGAAAACCUCGUGGGAGACCUAGAAGUGGCUCUGACCGAAAUUCAGCUAUCCUCCCAGACCCAUCUGUGUUUUCCCCUCUAAGUAAAUCAGAGACCAAAUAUGGAGAUAAGAUCAAGAAGAAAGAUUCUAAAAGUAUAGAGAAGAAGAGAGGAAGACCACCCACCUUCCCUGGAGUAAAAAUCAAAAUAACACACGGAAAAGACAUUUCAGAGCUGCCAAAGGGAAACAGAGAAGAUAGCCUAAAGAAAAUUAAACGGACACCUUCUGCAAUGUUUCAGCAAGCCACAAAGAUUAAAAAACUAAGAGCAGGUAAACUCUCUCCUCUCAAGUCUAAGUUUAAGACGGGGAAGCUUCAAAUAGGAAGGAAAGGGGUACAGAUCGUUCGACGGCGAGGACGGCCUCCAUCCACAGAGCGGAUAAAGACCCCUUCAGGUCUCCUCCUCAGCUCCGAGCUGGAAAAGCCCCAGAAGGUCCGCAAGGACAAGGAAGGCACCCCUCCUCUCCCGAAAGAAGACAAGACAGUUGUCAGGCAAAGCCCCCGAAGGAUUAAGCCAGUCAGGAUUAUUCCUUCUUCUAAAAGGACCGAUGCGACAAUCGCUAAGCAGCUCUUGCAGAGGGCCAAGAAGGGGGCUCAAAAGAAAAUCGAAAAAGAAGCGGCUCAGUUGCAAGGCAGAAAGGUGAAGACGCAGGUGAAAAACAUCCGCCAGUUCAUCAUGCCCGUGGUCAGCGCCAUCUCCUCGAGGAUCAUCAAGACGCCCCGGCGCUUCAUCGAGGACGAGGAUUAUGACCCGCCCAUCAAAAUUGCCCGGCUCGAGUCCACCCCAAAUAGUAGAUUCAGUGCCACUUCCUGCGGCUCUUCUGAAAAGUCCAGUGCAGCUUCCCAGCACUCCUCCCAACUGUCUUCAGACUCCUCCCGCUCCAGUAGUCCUAGCAUCGACACCACCACAGACUCGCAGGCCUCCGAGGAGGCCCAGGCGCUCCCUGAAGAGCGCAGUGACACCCCUGAAGUUCACACCCCACUGCCUGUUUCCCAGUCCCCCGAGAACGAGAGCAGUGAGAGGAGAAGCAGAAGGUAUUCCGUGUCAGAGAGGAGUUUUGGAUCUAGAACCACUAAGAAAUUGUCAGCUCUGCAGAGUGCUCCCCAGCAGCAGCCCUCCUCCUCCCCCCCUCCCCCUCUGCUCACUCCCCCCCCUCCCCUGCAGCCAGCCUCCGGCAUCUCUGACCACACCCCUUGGCUCAUGCCCCCCACCAUCCCCUUAGCGUCACCAUUUUUGCCUGCUUCUGCGGCUUCCCUGCAAGGGAAGCGCAAGUCCAUUUUGCGAGAGCCUACGUUCAGGUGGACUUCGUUAAAGCAUUCUAGGUCAGAGCCACAAUACUUUUCCUCAGCAAAGUAUGCCAAAGAAGGUCUGAUCCGCAAACCAAUAUUUGAUAAUUUCCGCCCCCCUCCACUAACUCCUGAGGACGUUGGCUUUGCGUCUGGUUUCUCUGCAUCUGGCACUGCUGCUUCGGCCCGGUUGUUCUCCCCACUCCAUUCUGGAACAAGGUUUGAUAUGCACAAAAGGAGCCCUCUUCUCAGAGCUCCGAGAUUCACUCCAAGUGAGGCACACUCUAGAAUAUUCGAGUCUGUGACCUUGCCUAGUAAUCGGACUUCUGCUGGGACGUCCUCUUCCGGAGUCUCUAAUAGGAAAAGAAAAAGGAAAGUGUUUAGUCCUAUUCGAUCUGAGCCAAGAUCUCCUUCUCACUCCAUGAGGACAAGGAGCGGAAGGCUUAGCACUUCUGAGCUGUCACCUCUCACUCCCCCGUCUUCUGUCUCUUCUUCGUUGAGCAUUUCUGUUAGUCCUCUUGCCACUAGUGCCUUAAACCCAACUUUUACUUUUCCUUCUCAUUCCCUGACUCAGUCUGGGGAAUCUACAGAGAAAAGCCAGAGAGCAAGGAAGCAGACUAGCGCUCCGUCAUCAGAGCCGUUUUCAUCAAGUAGUCCCACUCCUCUCUUCCCUUGGUUCACCCCAGGCUCUCAGACUGAGAGGGGGAGAAAUAAAGACAAGGCCCCCGAGGAGCUGUCCAAAGACCGAGAUGCUGACAAGAGCGUGGAGAAGGACAAGAGUAGAGAGAGAGACCGGGAGAGAGAGAAGGAGAAUAAGCGGGAGUCCAGGAAAGAGAAAAGGAAAAAGGGAUCAGAAAUUCAGAGUAGUUCGGCUUUGUAUCCUAUGGGUCGGGUUUCCAAAGAGAAGGUUGUUGGUGAAGAUGGUGCCACUUCAUCUUCUGCCAAAAAGGCCACAGGGCGGAAGAAGUCUUCAUCACUUGAUUCUGGGACUGAUCUUGCUUCUGUGACUCUUGGGGAUACAACAGCUGUCAAAACCAAAAUACUUAUAAAGAAAGGGAGAGGAAAUCUGGAAAAAAACAACUUGGACCUCGGCCCAACUGCCCCGUCCCUGGAGAAGGAGAAAGCCCUCUGCCUUUCCACUCCUUCAUCUAGCACUGUUAAACAUUCCACUUCCUCCAUAGGCUCCAUGUUGGCUCAGGCAGACAAGCUUCCAAUGACUGACAAGAGGGUUGCCAGCCUCCUAAAAAAGGCCAAAGCCCAGCUCUGCAAGAUCGAGAAGAGUAAGAGUCUUAAACAGACCGACCAGCCCAAAGCACAGGGUCAAGAAAGUGAUUCAUCAGAGACCUCGGUGCGAGGACCCCGGAUUAAACAUGUCUGCAGAAGAGCUGCUGUUGCCCUUGGCCGAAAACGAGCUGUGUUUCCUGAUGACAUGCCCACCUUGAGUGCCUUACCGUGGGAAGAACGAGAAAAAAUUUUGUCUUCCAUGGGGAAUGAUGACAAGUCAUCAAUUGCUGGCUCUGAAGAUGCUGAACCUCUUGCUCCACCCAUCAAACCAAUUAAGCCUGUCACCAGAAACAAGGCACCUCAGGAACCUCCAGUGAAGAAAGGACGGCGGUCAAGGCGCUGUGGGCAGUGUCCUGGCUGCCAGGUGCCUGAGGACUGUGGUGUUUGCACUAAUUGCUUAGACAAGCCCAAGUUUGGUGGCCGCAACAUAAAGAAGCAGUGCUGCAAGAUGAGAAAAUGCCAGAAUCUCCAGUGGAUGCCCUCCAAGGCCUACCUUCAGAAGCAAGCUAAAGCUGUGAAAAAGAAAGAGAAAAAGUCUAAGACCAGCGAAAAGAAGGAGAGCAAGGAAAGCACUGUUGUGAAGAACUUGGUGGACUCGAGUCAGAAACCUGCUCCAGCAGCACGCGAGGAUCCGGCCCCGAAGAAGAGCAACAGUGAGCCUCCUGCCCGGAAGCCCGCGGAAGAAAAGAGUGAAGAAGGUCACGCCCCCACCCCGGCACCCGAACCCAAGCAGGCCACCACCCCAGCUUCCAGGAAGUCCAGCAAACAACUCUCCCAGCCGGCGCCAGCCGCCCCCCCUCAGCCACCCACCACGGGACCCGCGAGAAAAGAGGCUCCUAAGACCACGCCAAGUGAACCCAAGAAAAAGCAGCCGCCACCACCGGAAUCAGGUCCAGAGCAGAGCAAGCAGAAAAAAGUGGCUCCCCGCCCAAGUAUCCCUGUAAAACAAAAACCCAAAGAAAAGGAAAAACCACCUCCAGUUAAUAAGCAGGAGAGUGCAGGCACUUUGAACAUCCUCAGCGCCCUCUCCAAUGGCAAUAGUUCUAAGCAGAAAGUCCCAGCAGAUGGAGUCCACAGGAUCAGAGUGGACUUUAAGGAGGAUUGUGAAGCAGAAAACGUGUGGGAGAUGGGAGGCUUAGGAAUCUUGACCUCUGUUCCUAUAACACCUAGAGUCGUUUGCUUUCUCUGCGCCAGUAGUGGGCACGUAGAGUUUGUGUACUGCCAAGUGUGUUGUGAACCCUUCCACAAGUUUUGUUUAGAGGAAAACGAGCGCCCUCUGGAGGACCAGCUGGAAAACUGGUGUUGUCGUCGCUGCAAGUUCUGCCAUGUGUGUGGCAGGCAGCAUCAGGCUACGAAGCUGCUGGAAUGUAAUAAGUGCCGAAACAGCUACCACCCUGAGUGCCUGGGACCAAACUACCCCACCAAACCCACGAAGAAAAAGAAAGUUUGGAUCUGUACGAAGUGUGUUCGCUGCAAGAGCUGCGGCUCUACAACUCCAGGCAAAGGAUGGGAUGCACAGUGGUCCCACGACUUCUCACUGUGCCAUGACUGUGCCAAACUCUUCGCUAAAGGAAACUUCUGCCCUCUGUGUGACAAGUGCUAUGACGACGACGACUACGAGAGUAAGAUGAUGCAGUGCGGGCGCUGCGACCGCUGGGUCCACUCCAAGUGCGAGAGCCUUUCAGAUGAGAUGUAUGAGAUUCUAUCCAAUCUGCCAGAAAGUGUGGCCUACACUUGUGUCAACUGUACUGAGCGGCACCCUGCAGAGUGGCGGCUGGCCCUAGAAAAAGAGCUUCAGCUUUCUCUAAAGCAAGUUUUGACCGCCUUGUUGAAUUCCCGGACUACCAGUCACUUGCUACGCUACCGGCAGGCUGCCAAGCCUCCAGACUUAAACCCUGAGACGGAGGAGAGCAUACCUUCCCGCAGCUCCCCGGAGGGCCCGGAUCCUCCCGUGCUCACUGAGGUCAGCAAGCAGGAUGAGCAGCAGCCUUUAGACCUGGAAGGAGUCAAGAGGAAAAUGGACCAGGGCAACUACACAUCUGUGUUGGAGUUCAGUGAUGAUAUUGUAAAGAUCAUUCAAGCAGCCAUUAAUUCCGAUGGGGGGCAGCCAGAGAUUAAAAAAGCCAACAGCAUGGUCAAGUCCUUCUUUAUCCGGCAAAUGGAAAGAGUUUUUCCAUGGUUUAGUGUCAAAAAGUCCAGGUUUUGGGAGCCAAAUAAAGUAUCAAGCAACAGUGGGAUGCUACCAAACGCAGUGCUUCCACCUUCACUUGACCAUAAUUAUGCUCAGUGGCAGGAGCGAGAGGAGAACAGCCACACCGAACAGCCUCCUCUCAUGAAGAAAAUCAUCCCCGCUCCCAAACCCAAGGGCCCUGGAGAACCAGACUCGCCUACGCCUCUGCAUCCUCCCACACCGCCGAUUUUGAGUACUGAUCGGACUCGAGAAGACAGCCCAGAGCUGAACCCGCCCCCAGGCAUAGAAGAUAACAGACAGUGUGCAUUGUGUUUGAUGUAUGGUGAUGACAGUGCAAAUGAUGCUGGUCGUUUGCUGUACAUUGGCCAGAAUGAGUGGACACAUGUGAAUUGUGCUCUGUGGUCAGCAGAAGUAUUUGAAGAUGAUGAUGGGUCACUAAAGAAUGUGCACAUGGCGGUGGUCAGGGGCAAGCAGCUGAGAUGCGAAUUCUGCCAAAAGCCAGGAGCCACUGUGGGUUGCUGUCUGACCUCCUGCACAAGCAACUACCAUUUCAUGUGUUCCCGAGCCAAGAACUGUGUCUUUCUGGAUGAUAAAAAGGUGUACUGCCAGCGACACCGGGAUUUGAUCAAAGGCGAGGUGGUUCCUGAGAAUGGAUUCGAAGUGUUUAGAAGAGUUUUUGUGGAUUUUGAAGGGAUCAGCUUGAGAAGGAAGUUCCUCAAUGGCUUAGAACCAGAAAAUAUACACAUGAUGAUUGGCUCAAUGACAAUCGACUGCUUGGGAAUUUUGAAUGAUCUCUCUGACUGUGAAGAUAAACUCUUUCCUAUUGGAUAUCAGUGUUCCCGGGUGUACUGGAGCACCACCGAUGCCCGAAAACGUUGUGUGUAUACAUGCAAGAUAGUGGAGUGCCGGCCUCCGGUUGUAGAGCCAGACAUCAAUAGCACUGUGCAGCACGAUGCAAACAGGACCAUUGCCCACAGUCCGUCGUCGCUCACUGAAAUUUCCUCUAAAGACAGUCAAAAUACAGCUGCAAUUCUCAGUCCUCCAUCACCAGAGCGACCUCCGCAUGUGCAAACCUCUAGUUCCUGCUAUUACCAUGUCAUCUCCAAGGUUCCUAGGAUUCGAACACCCAGCUACUCUCCUACACAGAGAUCCCCUGGCUGUCGGCCAUUGCCUUCUGCAGGAAGUCCUACCCCAACCACCCAUGAGAUCGUCACGGUGGGCGACCCUCUCCUCUCCUCCGGCCUGCGAAGCAUUGGCUCGAGGCGCCACAGUACUUCCUCCCUGUCGCCUCUCCGGUCAAAGCUCCGGAUAGUCUCUCCCAUGAGAACUGGAAACACUUACUCCAGGAAUAGUGUCUCCUCCGUCUCCGCCAGUGGGAGCGCUCCAGACGCUGAGGCGAGUGCCAAAGUGGAUCACGGCUUAGGGCCACCGAGUUCAAGCGUGAAUCUGGGGCAUGGCACUCCCACCUCAGGAAGGACCGUGGCCACCGUAGGCACUAAAGCAAGCCACUUGGAUGGAUCGUCAUCUUCAGAAAUGAAGCAUUCCAGUGCUUCAGACUCAGCAUCCAAGAGUUCCUCUUUAAAGGGAGAGAAGACCAAAAUGCUGAGUUCCAAGAGCUCAGAGGGAGCUGCCCAUGUGACUCACGCUGCCAUUCCCAAACUGGCCUCCCAGGCUCAUAACACCACUUCUGGAGAGUUGAGUGUUAGCAAAACUGGCGCUUUCUCUGAGAUGUCUUCAGUGUCAUUUCCUUCCAAAGAGGCCCUUCCGUUCGCACAACUCCAUUUAAGAGGGCAAAGGAAUGAUCGAGACCAACACACAGAGUCUGCCCAACCAGCAAACCUCUCCCCAGAUGAAGAUAUUGAAGUCAAAACUCUGAAGCUUUCUGGAGUAAGCAAUAGGUCGUCCAUUAUCAAUGAACAUGUGGGAUCUAGUUCCAGAGACAGGAGGCAGAAAGGGAAAAAAUCUUCUAAGGAAACUUUCAAAGAAAAGCAUUCCAGUAAAUCUUUUUUGGAACCUGGUCAAGUAACAACUAACGAGGACGGAAACCUAAAGCCAGAGUUUAUUGAUGAGGUUUUGACUCCUGAGUUUAUGGGGCAGCGGCCAUGUAAUAACAUUUCUUCUGAGAAGAUCGGGGAUAAGGGCCUUUCUCUUUCAGGAGUCCCUAAAGCUGUGUCCAUGCAAGUAGAAGAGUCUUGCAAGGAAUCACAAGCACCCCGGAAAUGCACCGUCAAGGUGACACCACUAAAAAUGGAAAGUGAGAGUCAAUCCAAAAACGCCCUGAAAGAAAGCGGUCCUGCCUCCCCUGUGCAAAUGGAGUCCGCAUCACCAACAGACCCCGUUUCAGCCUCCAAAAGUCCAGGGGAUGGUCCAGUGAUCCAACCAAGCCCCAACAAUACCUCCUCCCAGGAGUCUCAGAGGAACAGCUACCAGAACCUUCCAGUGCAGGACAGAAACCUACUGCUGCCAGAUGGCCCCAAACCUCAGGAGGAUGGCUCUUUUAAGAGGAGAUAUCCCCGCCGCAGUGCCCGCGCGCGGUCUAACAUGUUUUUUGGGCUCACCCCACUCUAUGGCGUCAGAUCCUACGGGGAAGAAGACAUUCCAUUCUACAGCAGCUCCCCUGGGAAGAAGCGAGGCAAGAGAUCGGCAGAAGGACAGGUAGACGGGGCUGAUGACCUGAGCACUUCAGAUGAAGACGACUUAUACUAUUACAACUUCACCAGAACAGUCAUUUCUUCAGGUGGGGAGGAGCGGCUCGCGUCCCACAACUUGUUUCGGGAAGAGGAGCAGUGUGACCUCCCCAAAAUUUCACAGUUGGAUGGUGUUGACGACGGGACCGAGAGUGACACGAGCGUCACAGCCACGACGAGGAAAAGCAGCCAGAUCGCAAAGAGAAACGGCAAAGAAAACGGGACGGAAAACUUAAAGAUUGAUCGGCCCGAAGAUGCUGGAGAAAAAGAACAUGUCACUAAGAGUUCUGUGGGCCACAAAAGUGAGCCGAAGAUGGACAACUGCCACUCGGUAAGCAGGCUGAAAACACAGGGGCAGGAUUCCUUAGAAGCUCAGCUUAGCUCAUUGGAGUCGAGCCGCAGAGUCCACGCGAGCACCCCAUCAGACAAAAACCUACUGGACACCUACAACACUGAGCUCCUGAAGUCGGACUCCGACAACAACAACAGUGACGACUGUGGGAACAUCCUGCCUUCAGACAUCAUGGACUUUGUACUGAAGAAUACCCCGUCCAUGCAGGCCUUGGGGGAGAGCCCGGAGUCCUCAUCCUCUGAACUCUUGAAUCUUGGUGAAGGGUUGGGCCUUGACAGCAAUCGUGAGAAAGACAUGGGUCUUUUUGAAGUAUUUUCUCAGCAGCUGCCAACCACAGAACCCGUGGACAGUAGCGUCUCUUCCUCUAUCUCAGCAGAGGAGCAGUUUGAGUUGCCUCUAGAACUGCCAUCUGAUCUGUCCGUCCUGACCACCCGGAGUCCCACAGUCCCUAGCCAGAAUCCCAGUCGACUGGCGGUAAUCUCAGAUUCCGGGGAGAAGCGAGUGGCCAUCACGGAAAAAUCGGUGGCCUCUGCUGACGGUGACCCAGCGCUGCUGAGCCCGGGAGUCGAUCCUGCUCCCGAGGGUCACAUGACUCCUGACCACUUCAUCCAGGGUCACAUGGAUGCCGACCACAUCUCCAGCCCUCCGUGUGGUUCCGUGGAACAAAGUCAUGGCACCAGUCAGGAUUUACCUCGGAACAGUAGCACUCCUGGCCUUCAGGUACCCGUUUCCCCAACUGUGCCCAUCCAGAACCAGAAGUACGUGCCCAAUUCUACUGAUAGCCCCGGCCCUUCUCAGAUUUCUAACGCAGCUGUCCAGACCACUCCACCCCACCUGAAGCCAGCCACCGAGAAACUCAUUGUGGUGAACCAGAACAUGCAGCCGCUUUAUGUUCUCCAAACUCUUCCAAAUGGAGUGACCCAGAAAAUCCAAUUGACCUCUCCUGUUAGUUCUGCCCCCAGUGUGAUGGAGACCAAUUCUUCAGUAUUGGGGCCCAUGGGAAGUGGUCUCACCCUGACCACUGGACUGAACCCCAGCUUGCCGGCUUCUCAGUCCCUGUUCCCUCCUGCUAGCAAAGGACUGCUCUCCAUGCCUCAUCACCAGCACUUGCAUUCCUUCCCCGCCGCUACUCAGAGUAGCUUCCCACCCAACAUCAGCAAUCCGCCUUCAGGCCUACUUAUUGGGGUUCAACCUCCUCCAGAUCCCCAACUUUUGGUUUCAGAAGCCAACCAGAGGACAGACCUCACUACCACAGUAGCCACCCCAUCCUCUGGACUCAAGAAAAGACCCAUCUCUCGUCUACACACACGGAAAAACAAAAAACUCGCGCCCUCUAGUACCCCCUCCACCAUUGCCCCUUCCGACGUGGUUUCCAAUAUGACGUUGAUCAACUUCACACCCUCCCAGCUUUCCAGUCAUCCUAAUCUCUUAGAUUUGGGGUCACUUAAUACUUCCUCUCACCGAACUGUCCCCAACAUCAUAAAAAGAUCUAAAUCUGGUGUGAUGUAUUUUGAACAGGCCCCGCUGUUACCACAGAGUGUGAGCGGAACUCCCGCCCCGGCAACGAUGAGCCAGGACGCCAGCCACCUCGCCACAGGGCCCGUGUCCGGCUUGGCGUCCAGCCCCUCUGUCUUGAAUGUGGUAUCCAUGCAAACGUCCACAACCCCGACGAGUAGUGCGUCAGUUCCGGGACACGUCACCUUAACCAGCCCGAGGUUGCUUGGGUCCUCAGACAUUGGCUCCAUCAGCAAUCUUCUAAUCAAAGCCAGCCAGCAGAGCCUGGGUAUUCAGGAACAGCCUGUGACUUUACCACCAAGCUCGGGAAUGUUCCCGCAACUAGGGACCACACAGACGCCCUCUACAGCGGCAAUGGCUGCAGGCUCAAGCAUCUGUGUGCUCCCUUCUCCACAGACUUCGGCCAUGGCCUCCACGUCUCCUCCUGCAGAGACAGAAGAGCACUAUCAACUGCAGCACGUGAACCAGCUCCUCGCUGGCAAAACUGGGAGCCUCUCUUCCCAGCGGGAUCUGGAUUCUGCCUCUGGGACCCCAGCACCCAACUUCACCCAAACAGCCGAUGUUCCUAACAGCGUGAGGUUGGAGCAGAGCAAGGCCUUGCCCCCAGCUGCGCCGGCCAGCUCGACCUCUCCCGGCGGCUCUCCCUCUUCUGGACAGCAGUCCUCCAGCCCUUCAGUGCCAGCUCCCACCAAAACCAAAGCAAAAGUCAAACGGAUCCAGCUGCCUCUGGACAAAGGGAGUGGCAAGAAGCACAAAGUUUCCCACUCGAGGACCAGUUCCGAAGCACACGUUCCAGACCAAGAAGCCAGCACAACCUCCGGGCCGCCGGUCGCAGGGGCCCUGGGAGCAGAGACAGAGCAGCCGGACGCAGUGAGGAUGGAGCAGCCAGCACAGAAGCCGCUGCAGAAGGAGUGUGGGCAGCCCAGAGGACAAGUGGCUGUUCUUCCAGAGGCUCAGGCAACACCAAAUCCAACAAGCGAGCAAGAAAAUACAGAACCUAAAGCAGUGGAAGAAGAAGAAAGCAGUUUCAGCUCUCCUCUGAUGCUUUGGCUCCAGCAAGAACAGAAGCGGAAGGAAAGCAUUGCUGAGAAAAAGCCCAAGAAAGGACUUGUUUUUGAAAUUUCAAGUGAUGAUGGCUUUCAGAUCUGUGCAGAAAGUAUUGAAGAUGCCUGGAAGUCAUUGACAGAUAAAGUCCAGGAAGCUCGAUCGAAUGCGCGCCUGAAGCAGCUCUCAUUUGCAGGUGUGAACGGCUUGAGGAUGCUGGGGAUUCUCCAUGAUGCAGUUGUGUUCCUGAUUGAGCAGCUGUCUGGUGCCAAGCACUGUCGGAAUUACAAAUUCCGUUUCCACAAACCUGAAGAGGCCAAUGAACCCCCCUUGAACCCCCACGGCUCAGCCAGGGCUGAGGUCCAUCUGAGGAAGUCGGCAUUUGAUAUGUUUAACUUCCUGGCUUCUAAACACCGACAGCCUCCUGAGUACAACCCCAAUGACGAGGAGGAGGAGGAGGUGCAGCUGAAGUCCGCUCGGAGAGCAACUAGCAUGGAUCUGCCGAUGCCCAUGCGUUUCCGGCACUUAAAAAAGACUUCUAAGGAGGCAGUUGGUGUCUACAGGUCUCCCAUCCACGGUCGGGGUCUUUUCUGCAAGAGAAACAUUGAUGCAGGUGAGAUGGUGAUUGAGUAUGCCGGCAACGUCAUCCGUUCCAUCCAGACCGACAAGCGGGAGAAGUAUUAUGACAGCAAGGGCAUCGGCUGCUACAUGUUCCGCAUUGACGACUCGGAAGUAGUGGAUGCCACCAUGCAUGGGAACGCCGCGCGCUUCAUCAAUCACUCGUGUGAGCCCAACUGCUACUCACGCGUCAUCAACAUCGAUGGGCAGAAGCACAUCGUCAUCUUCGCCAUGCGCAAGAUCUACCGGGGCGAGGAGCUCACCUACGACUACAAGUUCCCCAUCGAGGACGCCAGCAACAAGCUGCCCUGCAACUGCGGCGCUAAGAAAUGCCGCAAGUUCCUGAACUAACGCUGCUCUUUCCCCCGGGCCCAAGUACCAGCACCCAGGGCCACCCAAAGCAGUGCUGGAGGCCUUGCGCCAGGACCAAGCGGGCUGGUGGAGGCGCCUCUGUGGCCGAGCCCCCUAUUGUCCAUAUCCAUGUCAUACAUGUGGUCAGAGUCUUAGAAAUGAGGUCUCAAAGAAAGAUCCAUGACGGGCUUUCUUGGAGGACCCCUCUUGACUGUCAGCUGUUAAGCUUGCUGGGGAACUAGGUCCUGGGCCAUGUGCCUGGAAGGAGCCUCGCGAGGCUUGGUUUUCUUGGGAGGUGGGGCCUGAGCAUUCCUCCAAGAGCAGUUGUCUUCCUCACCUCAGCUCUUCCCCAGGCUCUCGGAGCCGAGGGUCAGGCAGGACUGAGAUCCGGGCUGACUGGACACAGCCUGCUAGUCUGCCAGCCAGGCCCUGCCUGUGGCCAUCUGUUGAACAGACAGCGGUCUGGUGGUUUUCCCUGCUCGCCUUUCCUUGAGAGCGUUCACCUCCAGCUGGGAGACAGGAUUCCUGGCACCUCUGGUGUCAAAAGGCUGUCUUGGGGUUGUGCCAAUUAAUUACCAAACAUUGAGCCUGUGGGCCGGAAGUGGGAGUACUUAAUCCCUGUGAGCCUUAUCUCAGCCAAUCACCUUCUUGACCAUAGGAGCGGCUUUCCUCUGCCAUUCUUCUCUUCACUCCGCCUUCCUUCCUGUCCUCCAUCCCACUGCUUUCCCAUCCUGCUUCCUGGGUGGUAGGGGGCUGACUCCCCGCUCAGGGGCACUCGCCGGUGGGCGCAGGGCCUGCCUACGCGAAGGUCCCCGAGCUGCAAGCACUCCAGGGGGGAAGUGGACAGGAGCCGCUAGCCAGAACCAGACAGAAUUUGAAGACGUUGUGCAACUCUCCCCUGAGAGUUCUGAAGAAAUAUAUGUAGCAUGAUUUUUUUAGAAGAGGAUACAGAUUGUUUCAAUAGGAUUUGAAUCAUGCAACCACCAGAGUACCAUAACCAGGAGAACCCCUGCGCCCCUCCCUUCCUAGGACACGGGAACCUUCUUUCCCCUCUUUAAGACAUAGGAAGACUUAGUUUUUAAAUAGUCAAUGUCUAGUUGAAGGCAGAACACUAAUCAUUUCAAGGCCCAGCACUUGGGGACUAGACCGCGGGGUGUGGAGGGGCCGCCGCUGCCAGCGCGCAGCCGCGGCUGAAGCGAACUCCAUGACACUAC